AUGCUGCCGCUUGUGUUCUGCUUUCAGUUAACUGAUCUUUGUGGCUCCUGGUCUGAAUUUAUAGACUACGUCACUACUUCCCUGAAAGCUGGAGAUGUGAAGCUUAUUAUGGAGUGUUCUUCAAAAUCAGGAGGUGUUGAUUAUGCAAAAUUGGUUGCCCAAAAAGCGAAAGGAAUGCCACGAGUCUCCUUUUCCCUCAGUAAACUUGUCGAUGGUGCUUCGGGUGAGGCAAUGGCCUACAUAGCACUUGAGCUAUACAAAGAGUAUAAUGAUGUGAAGAGUUUACUUGUUGAAGAGCAAGAGUGCAAAUAUCAGUUGACAAAAGUUGUUGCUGCUGAACGGGAAAAGAAUUCUGAUCUCCAGAAGCAGUUAGACAUGGUACUACAUUCAACAAAGUACAAGUCGCAGAAGAUAAAUGACAGAGAAAUUUCAGAUUCAGCAUCUGUUAUGGUUUCGCAAGAUUCUCCAGAUAAGCGUGCUGCCCAGGAGCCAAGCUCAAGAAAAGGAUCCAAACGUGUUGUACCAGCUCACCGCAGUUAUGGUAUUGGUUCAGCUGGUGCAUGGAAGCUGGAAAUAAUAUGCUUCAUUGUGCUGAAGUUAUGGUAUUGGUUCAGCUGGUGCAUGGAAGCUGGAAAUAGUGCUUUACAACUGCCAGUCAAAUGCGAUUUUCAAUGCGUGUUGCUUUGGCACUCCAGCCUUUGUUUUGCAACCUCUCAAGCACGGUCCUCUCUGGACUUGUCGAUUGUCAUAUUUUUCCACAAAAGCUCCACCCUCGUUGCUGUCUUGGUAAUGGUUCUCUUCUCUCUGGAGGACCAUCAAGCUAGAGCUAUGAUCUUCCACCAGUCUUUAUUUGCUCGUCUCCUGGAUCCCUCGGAUGUUUGGCUCUGGCCUGAACAAAUUUUGGAGUCUUUUCUUGUCUUGGUCUUCUUACUGAAACUCAGAGAUAGUGGUAAAAACAACUUCACAAGUGAGAGUUCAUAUGAAGAUUCUGGCAUGUCCUUGACCAUGUCCAUCAUCUCCUUUCUACCGUUUGGCAGCAAAGCGGAAUUCUCUUGCCUCAUGUCACUCGGUUUUGUUCGUGGCCAAAAUGGAGGAGAGAAAUCUCCAAAUUGGUCUUGGAGAUGUUUUGGAACAUCAAAGUUUAGUCCAUCACCGUCUGGAUCUGUGUAAUCGUGAUGGUCUUUCAGUAAUUUUUCGCCCCAAAAUCUCAAAUCGCUUGAUCUUCCCAUGCUGAAAUAAAUGCUAACAAUUUUUGUUUUAUUUUAUUAUUGGCUGAGUUGAGUGCAUCAGUUUUGUUGUGGCGAAAUAAAGGGGAAGAUGCUGAAGUAGUAGUAGUAGCGAUUGGUCAAAAUGUCUCUUUCUGCAUUUUAUGAAGUCUAAGUCUUUGCUUUGCCGUCUUCAUUGGGCGAGCAGAAGGGUGCUUUUGUGACUUUUGUCUUCUCCAAAUUCUAGUAGUUGUUGAUCUGCAUCUUUUUGUGUUCUAGUUUAUUGUUAAUUAUAAAGGUAAUUAUCAGGUGAACAUUAUAAUUGGUACCACCAAAACGACAUGCUUGUGAUACAAAUAGUGGAAUUAUGGGGGUCUACACUUCUGGCCAUAUUCUUUCUUACGUUUAUUUUGUAAACUAUUGGUUGGAUACUGUUUAUGAGCUGAGCUUGAUAAGUAUCACAACUUGUUUGCCUACCCU